GUCAGUGUCAGGACACAGAACGCCCAGUAUGUAAAUAGCGGGUCACGGCUUAAGACGUCAUAAAGGAAGGUGGGGCUCAGGAGAUGCCUCCCGGCCAAUAGGAGGAGUCGCAGAAGCUCAGCGGGCUGACAGGAGAUCCUUCUUCCAGUAUGGAAUUGCUGUGUGAGGAAGCGGCCAGAUGGUGGCGCACACGUUCAGGAAACGUUCAUCCUCUUGUUACUCCGCGCGGUGCGUGACGUAGGUGCACAUACAUGUCCUGCACAUACAUGUGCACCGUGAGCAGGUGUCCUCCGGCAGCCUUCUCUUCGUACACGGAGAGCCCUCACGUGCGCCCUCCUUCUGCCGCCAUCUUCCUCCUCCCUCCCUGAGACACCCCGGCCGUCCCUCCCUCCCUGAGAGAGCCGGGCCGAGCAUUUGAUGUUCCGUCAGGAAGGCAGCGGCGGUGUGCUGGGCUUACCGACUGACCGGAGCAUGUCCCGCUACACAGACUGGUUGUAUGGAGGCGUGGACCCCAGCCUGGCCGGUAACGGGGGGCCGGAGUGUGCCGCCUUCCUGCCCCCUGACCAGAGGCUGCUGGAGAGCCUGGUGCUGCUGCUGGUGUCCGUGCUGGAGAUCGGGCUGUCGCUGAGGAAGAUCGUGCGGGGCGACCUGCCCGCAGUCAGCGCUCGGCCGGACAGCCUGGGCAAGAACGUCCUGCUGGGGGCGCUGUGCCUCACCUUCGGGGUAGAGGUUGGCUUCAAAUUUGCCACCAGGACUGUCAUUUACCUGUUGAACCCCUGUCAUGUGGUCACCAUGCUACAGAUAUUUCUCCUGGCAUGCCCCCCGUGUAAAGCUGCCACUGUCAUAUUUAGGCUGCAGAUGCAUAUGUUAAAUGGGGCCCUACUCGCGUUGUUGUUCCCAGUGCUCAACACACGAAUGCUGCCAUUUGAAGUUGAAGUGUAUUAUAUACAACACAUCCUGCUGUACGUUGUGCCAAUCUACUUACUGAGGAAGGGAGGUGCCUACACUCCAGAGCCACUUGGUAACUUCUGGUGGGCAAUUUUAUCAACUGGACUCAUGUUUUUCUACCAUUUCAGCUUUUUGCAGAUCCUUGGCAUUAUUGUAGAGGUGAACUUGAACAACAUGCUGUGCCCAGCCAUCUCAGAUCCGUUCUAUGGGCCAUGGUAUCGUAUAUGGGCUUCAGGGCAUCAAACGCUUAUGACUAUGAUCCAUGGGAAACUUAUUGUGGCUCUGUUCUCUCCUGGUCUACCAGGGUAUAAAUUCCUAGUGGAGCUGCUUCCCUUCUCUGGAAAGAAAGUGGAUUGAUUGUUCAUUACUGGAAAAAUCACCUUUAACCUCUUUAUAGCCAAAUUAAGCAUAUGGAGGUUAAAAGGGCUACCAGCACUUUGAUGAAACAGUGUUACGGACUUCCAAUUACAGAAACAAGUGACCUUACAGAACGGACUGCAACGUCCAACACCUUUUUCAGAUUUUUUUUUUUUUUUUUUUUUUUUAAUCUUUCAAAGUCGUGCAGCCCUUUCAUCUGAAAUGCUUUUAUUCUAGCCGCAGAAGAGUUUAUUAGCCAAGGGCUGUGGUGGCUGAAUCUCUUCUGCACAGAGACAGGGAACAUAAUUGGUUUUUACUUUGUAUGAACAGUCUGUUACAAGAAUAAUAAUUUAAUUUAUAGAUUUUUAUAGGGAUAUUGCAAUUCUGCACAGACAGACACUCGCCCAUAUGCCCAGUCUUCUGCCUCCAUAAAACCCUUCUGGCCAGAAAAAGGUUCAUUGCUUGCAUGGCAUUUUUGUGUCAUUAGGCAUCCAUCUUUUUUCGGUCCUGUUUGAAAAAACACACGUGGCAAUGAGCGUUUUUACAUAAAUUUUUCUUCUUACAUUGGCUUUUUAAAUCCUAAUGAUCUACAGAAGAUGGUGACAUAAGAGGGGAAUAAUCACUUUUUCUGUGGAGAAACGCAUGGCUUGCUAAAAACAAGUCUUACAGAAGGAUGCGUUACCACACACUAUUUGUUUAAAAAAGUUACAUGAAUGCCUUACUCUAAUUCAUCAUUUUGAGUUUAGUGAUUUAAAAUAAUUAAUAAUUUUACAUAAUGAUAUUGCAAAAUAUACCUCUAUGAUCUGCUCACAUUAUUUUAUCAAGAAAACACACAAUACACAUGAAUAUUCCUGAGCUGUAAUAUAUACGUAGAAGCCACAUUUCUGUCCCCUCCAAAUGAGUUGUGCCAUGGACAUUGACGAGACUCUCCAAUAAUUUACAUCAGAAAACUGGUAUAAAUUAUAGCGAAGAUCUAAGACCUCUCCUAGGUGGACUAGAUUUUGAUUUCAGUUACAAGGACGAAAGAAGAUGAGGCAAAUUUAUUAAAAGGCAUGCACGUCUUCGUAAAUUUACUGCAUCUUAUUCCAGUGGACAAUUUUAGCAAGAUAGGUGUGUUCUUUAGCAACUUAACCCCAAUGCCUCUAAUUGGCGUCAGGCCAAUUCUGGGCACCACAAGCCACAUUGUCUCUUACCAGCAGAUCACAAGACCUACCUGGUGAAAUCUAUAAAAGUGAGAGAGCUUUGUCAUUGAGCACAGCCCGAGGUAGUAUAACAAAGCUGUAAAUAAUGUUCAGCUCUGCUAAUCCUGUAGAUAGAAAAAAUGUUUGACUGGAUAUAUCCUAUAGUUGUAAUAAGUGUGGCGUUAAUGGUUUAUUAUUUCCGCGAUAAUGCUAGCGUACAUUUGUGACUUUUUUUAAAUCUAGUUUUCCUCUGGGCAGGAUUAGCUUGCCCAUGAGGAGUAACACAAUAUCUGACCAUUAUAUGACUUUCCUACUGCCUGUAUCACCAGUUUUCUCUCUACAAGCAGCAAAUAUAAUUGUCCGUUUUUGCAGCGCUCCACUCCAGAUCUGUAGACUAACUGCUUAGAUUUCUCCCUAAGGGCUCGUUCACACAACAUUUUUUGGCGCUGUUUUUGACCGUACUGUUAUCCGCACCAAAAAACACAACUAAAAAGCAUCCAAUUCAUUUCAAUGGGAGGAAGAACUGUUAUUUUUAUUUAUUUUUUGUGUUUUUUACAUGCUGAAAAAACUGCUUGGAAAAAAAGAAGCAGCAUGCUCUAUCUUGAAGAGGCAUGUUCUUAGAAGCAGAUUGUUAGUGAAUUUUGUUUUGAAGUCAAUGGAAGGGAAGCGGAAAUAAAAAUACUGGCAGUUUUAGAAACUUUUUUAAUGGUGUUUCCACCACCUAAAAUGAUUCUGAAUUAUCCCACCCAAGGGCUGGAUAAGUAGAAUCCUAACAAAAAACUCUUCCCAAUCCUCAACCAAAAACUCUUCUAAAACACGUCUUAAUAGUCCUCUAAAUCUGCCACCAAAACCACCUGUUUUCAGCAGUUUUUUCUGCCACUGGUUUUGCUGUGUGAACUUAGCCUUACACAGCACACAUACAGGAGAGGAGAUCCUGUUCCCCUCUCUCUGUAGCACAUCCUCAGAAGAAACCAUAGUAUGGAGCAUGCUAUACGGCAAUACGGAGCGGUGUAGCUGUGAAUUCUGCAUUGGCGUGAGAUAGAAAACUUACUAUAUGCAGCUGUGUGUCUUUGGCUCUGUCUCUCGCUGCAGCUGCUCCUCACCUUCUAUCCUCUCCAUAGACUUCUAUAGGCAGCAGUGAAGCUGAAAAUCUGUUUAAUCUAUGAUUCAUAUGUACUGAUUGAAAGUGAGUGAUCAGUCCAGGAGGCAAAAGGAAGGAGGAGUCCAGACGUAAAGAAGAAUAUUUUUCUGUGCUUGUGCUAUUAAUGAUUGAAACAACCAUUUCUCUUUCACUGUGUUCUCAGGUGACAUGUCUGUAUUGACUACGUAACAUAAGUGCCAUUAAUGAGUAGCAUACAUCCACUGCUUCACCCUUCAAAUUUUAAACACUCAUUUAUUUGGUCCCAUCAUCAAGGGGACCCAUCUUUCCUUUAAUAUAACAUAAUGACAAAUAUCACUCUCAAAUAUUUUAUUUUUAUUUUUUAAAACUUAACAAUGGGGGCAUAUCGCUACUAAACCCCUUUAAAUAUUAAUAUACAUUCCAUUUUUUUCUGUGUUAUGGUAUCAUUUACUAUUCAGCCGGGCCUAACAGAGCAC